UACUUCCACAGGUUAUUAUAAUGUUUAUGAAACCGAAUGUAUUAUUUCAAGUCAAUAGAACUUAUCAAUGAAUCAUUUUCUUCAAUACUGCAACAGUUUAUAAUAUAGUCAUGGAUUCUACAUCAUCGCUAAUGGAGCUCAGCAUCACAAGUCAAGCUCCUCCUUCACCAUGGAAUGGCACGUUUCCUCCACUCGAGAACCUGGCAAUGGACUCUGACUUUGUGUGGUUACUGUGUGCUCUCUUCACGUCUAUCAGCUGGGUGGUGUAUGUAACUUAUUAUAACUCAAGAGUGAUUGGAUUCAUCAUAACUAAGAUGUUGAACAGAUUUGUAAAGAAGGGAUACGUUAAGAUUGGAUCCUUCUCAAUCUCCGUUUUAUCUGGAAAAAUUAUGUUUCGCGAUGUUGCUUUCAUGAAUGAAGACUUUACUGUUAGGGCACAAGAUGGCUGGAUGAUCUUCAGGUGGUGGAGACCAUAUGUAAAGAAAGAAAUAACGGAGGAUCUGUCUCACUCGGAUACUCGUCUGUCUAUACUGUUGAAUGGAUUUGAGUUGCACAUAUACAACCGGUCACACCUUUACGCUCAUCUCGAGCAGCAGUUUGGCUUGGAGCCUGAAAUCCUUCCUCCAGGGUCAGAACAAUACUGGCAGGACUCGGGAAUGGGGGAUGGCAAUACUGAAGCAUCAGCAGAAAGUGGCAUUGACUUAGCACAGCAGAGAAGAGGAUCUAAAUGGAGAGAUCUAAUUCCAGUGAUAAAGCUGGAUAUAUCCACGGGUAGGCUAGUUUUUGGGAAUCGACUUUUACCAACCACGUUAUCCAUUAAUUUUGAAGAAGCACGUGUUGUUUACACAACUAAACCAGCAUCUUCAAGACUAGACGAUUUCACCCACAUGAUCAAGUGUAAGGCAGAAAACUUCAAGGUUAUCUUAGCCGACAGUCUGAAAUACACUGGUCCAUCAGACGAACCACCAAGGUACAUGGGAGAAGGAUUUGUUGUCCUCCAGUCAAAUUUUGUUGAUCUGUAUUACUAUCAAGAUGAAGCAGGUUUAGUUCCACAAGAACCUGAGAUGGUAGAGUUAGCAAAUGGAGAUAUAAUACAGCAGCUUACUAGCCCUUGUUGGGGACUGGAUAUCAAAUGUGGCAAAGGUACAGAUUUCAGUUAUGGCCCAUGGGCAGAUCGACAGAGAGAACACCUAUACAAGUUCUUCUUCCCUCAA